GAUUACGUUUACUCGGUUUAGUCUUUGAAAUUACUGUUGAAAACUGAUGUUAGUUUAGUGUUGAAAAUUGGUUGAAAAAUAAAUUUUAAUUACAAAGGUUUAAACGCACAACAAAAAACAUAAAAAAAUGGCACAAGAUUUAAUGAGUCAAUUUUUUAUGUCUCUCAACCUUCCGCUUCAAGAUAAGAUCAAUGAGUUGACGAGACUAAUAGAUCAAUCUGGUCCCAAUAAAGAUUUACAGGCAUUGUUUCCACAACUCAUCAGCAAUAUAUUUUCUACCUCAUUCAACAAUGCCUGGGGAUUAAGGUCAUUGACAUGUGAUGGUAACAAAUAUGAAUUUGAAGCAUUGCUAAAUUUUUUUGAGCCACAGGGCCCAAUAUUUCGCUUGUGCUACAAACUGUUAUCUGAUCCGCAAUUGAAGUACAGUCUUCCUUUAAGUUCACUACCGCUCGACUUACAAAUAUCUCUGGAAAGAGGAAGAUAUUCUCAGUUCUAUGCAGACAUGCUGACAAUGGAUUCACAAUCUUUAAAUGUUGUAGCCUUAGCACUGAAUCCAUUUGAUUAUUAUAUAUUCAAUUUUGCAUUGUAUUUGGUAAAUAACACUGUAAAUAAAAACUUAUGGGAAAAUUGGAACAGUGUGUACUUUGCACUGGCAUGUGACUACCUAAUGCACUUUUUACCUUCUGAUCCGAAUGUUCCUGUGUUGCCUCACAUACCAAACUACACUGGAAAAGUACCUAUGGCAGCACCACUGCAACCUAAAAACAGGCCUCUGUAUUCACCAUCGUUACUAUUAAUGCCUGAUCUCUCUGGAAUAAGUAAUCAACAUACAUCACAAACACAAACUCGAAAUGAAAUCUGGAGGUCAGAGACAGUUCUGCAAGUGUUCAUUGAUAUAUGGAUGUGUGUAGAUCAAUUAAAUACAAGAAAUAUGGAGGUAUACCAAAGAAAUUGUCCAAUCAUAUGCUCAAGUCCAGAAAGAGUUAGAAUAGUGAGAGUAUUAGUGAAGCAUUUACAUUCAUACUCGGCUAAACAUUUGGCGGAUCCUGCUUCUCGGUCAUCAGCUUUGCGGAAAUACGCCCGUCAGAUUAUGUGCACACGUGGUUAUCAUUAUGUGAAACACUUAGUAAUGACUUGGCCUUUGGAUGCGUCAUUCAGACUUGUAAUGGAACUCUGGUUGAGUCUCAUUCAGCCAUGGCGGUACACAGAUAACACAAUAACUAAUGACAGAUUUCCAGCUUCGAACAAUAAUCAAGAGGAAGGCAACGCAAAUGUUCUGGAUGCGAGUUUUACACAAUUCAUUGCUGAAAAUUUCCCUUCGUACACUUGCAUAUUCCAAUUGGUUUUACCUAGAUUUAUGAGGCUAGACUUGACAGCAUAUAAGAAUGCUGUGAUGUUAUUUCGAUUGGGAAAGGUGUUUUCACAACAACAUUUAGUACCUAUUCUAUGGUACCUAGAACAAGCUAUUAUGGAUAAUAUAUCGGGUUUUCAACACAGUCCAGAUACAAGUUUAAAUAAUUCAACAAUUGAGCAUAGUUACACAUAUAACGGUGUUACCCUACACAAAUGGGUGGCAGUGGCCAAACAGGCUCUGUCUGAACUAAAUUUGUCUUCUAAUUACGAAUACGACCCAGUAUGGAGUGAAAGUAAAAAGCAAUUUGCAUUAGAAUUUUUGAGGAAAAUAAUAUCUUCAAGGGUCCAAGGAGAAAAAAUCUUAGAAGAAUUGAAGAAAAAGUUGAAUAAACAACAUCUAGGUUUCUGGGCAAGUGUAAAGGAUUGGUUUAUGAUGGGCAAUUAUGAGGAAGACAUGCAAUUGUUUGAAGAGGCAAAAAAAGUGCCUAAUUAUUUAAAUGCUUCUAUUCAAUACUUCUCCGAUAUUUAUGGUUUAAAUGAGUACAUCAUGCCGAAUUCGGAAACAAUUGUAGAAGAUAGUCUGGAACAUUCUUCAUUUGCUAAUUCAACUAAUUUCCCUUAUUCGGUCACUAAUAAGCUCCGUAGUAAGUCCACGACUAUUCACUACAUGGGCGAUCCGGAUCUGAUGCCAAUUUCAUCAUAUGAAAGCACUAUCUUAGUGCGAAUGUUAUACCAAAUAGCAACAAGAAUAAACGAAAUGUAUCAAGAUGAGUUCGAGCAGCUAUGGAAUUCUAAUAGUUUCUUUGGUUACGUUGCUCGUGAGAUAUUACAAAAACCUUGUACUAUUCAUAAUUAUGUUAAAGAUUCUACGAACCAUCAGCAUAUUGUUAGUCAAAAUCUUCCUGCCAGGAUUUCUUUGCGCCGCUUCGGAUCACACGCCUUCAUCGUGUACAUAAGUAUCGGUUACGUAAUACUUAGAUUGUUCUCGUACAGCGGUCUAACGUAUACCUUUUUUAUAUUUUUAAUAUGGUUGUUAUUUAUAAUUAGCAAAGCGUCCUUAAGGAUGUUGAGAAUAUUGCCAGCAAUUAACUAAUUAUGUAAAUUAUUUUUUGAUUGAUAAAUAUAUUUUUAAUGAAAUA